CAGUGCUGCUGUCAGAGGCGGUCGACGGAAUCGAGAGAGGUUUCCGUCUGCGGAAACGAAUCGACAAGAGAGAGAGCGAGCAAAUUCAUAGGGCUCCGAGAGGAAGAAAGACUGAAGAGAAAGGUGGACCCAGCGCAAACACACAUUCACCUUACUUGAAUACAUUUAUACUUAAAACAUUGAAGAUAAGGCCUGCGGAGAUGGGCGAUAAGGCGGGGACCAGAGUCUUCAAGAAGUCCAGCCCUAACUGCAAGCUCACAGUAUAUUUGGGGAAGAGGGAUUUCGUGGACCAUCUCGACCAUGUGGACCCUGUGGAUGGAGUGCUCUUGGUUGACCCUGAAUACCUUAAAGACAGAAAAGUGUUUGUGACCCUAACGUGUGCGUUCCGGUACGGCCGGGAGGAUCUGGACGUGCUAGGCCUGUCCUUCCGGAAGGAUCUCUACAUCUCCACCUUCCAGGCCUUCCCCCCGCUGCCAGAGGAGCGCAAGCCCCUCAGCCGGCUGCAGGAGCGGCUACUCAAGAAGCUGGGUCAGCAUGCACACCCCUUCAACUUCACCAUUCCUCAGAACCUACCUUGCUCAGUGACCCUACAACCUGGACCAGAAGAUACAGGCAAGGCGUGUGGAGUGGACUUUGAGGUCAGAGCUUUCUGUGCCAAGUCAGUGGAUGAGAAAAUCCACAAACGGAACUCUGUGCGGUUGGUGAUUCGUAAGGUGCAGUAUGCUCCAGAGAAGCCAGGCCCCCAGCCCAUGGUGGAGACCACCCGCAGCUUCCUCAUGUCUGACCGGUCCCUACACCUGGAGGCCUCGCUGGACAAAGAGAUCUACUACCAUGGUGAACCCAUUAGCGUGAACGUCCACGUCACCAACAACUCCACCAAGACCGUCAAACGGAUCAAAAUCUCAGUGCGGCAGUAUGCUGACAUCUGUCUGUUUAGCACCGCACAGUACAAAUGCCCCGUGGCACAGGUGGAGGCUGAUGACCAGGUGUCCCCGAGCUCCACUUUCUGUAAGGUGUACACACUCACCCCCACGCUGACCAAUAACCGGGAGAAGAGAGGCCUGGCGCUGGACGGCAAGCUCAAGCACGAGGACACCAACCUGGCCUCCAGCACCAUAGUGAAGGAUGUGUCCAAUAAGGAGGUCUUGGGCAUCCUGGUGUCCUACAGAGUGAAGGUCAAACUGGUGGUGUCUCGUGGAGGUGAUGUAUCAGUGGAGCUGCCUUUUGUUCUGAUGCACCCCAAACCCACAGACCAGCCCAGCUCAAGGCCCCAGUCAGCUGUGCCUGAAACGGAUGCACCUGUGGACACCAACUUGAUUGAGUUUGAGACAAAUAAUUUCUCUCAGGACGAUGACUUUGUGUUUGAGGACUUUGCUCGCCUGCGGCUGAAGGGCAUGAAGGACGACAAGGAUGAAGACGACCACUUUUGCUAACGUCUCACCUGAGCCAACCCUCCAGCCCAGCCCAGCUCCUGUCCCUCCUCAUAACUGAACGCGUGGCCAGCAAAGGGGCAGUGGCGCUAGCCUGCUCCAUAGCUACUCCCAGUCGGGGGCCCAAUCAGAAAAACAUGGAAUGCUUAUCCUUCACCUUUUGUUUUCCCUCUAACUUACUCCUCCAUUAUUCUCCUCUUUCGCCUUUUCCUUCUCUUUCAAUAUAUGUUUUCUCCUUGAUCCUUGUUCUUUCUUUCUGGUCAUGUCUAAUGCUGCUGUUGAGCAGUUUUUUUUGUCCCCAUUUGGUUAAACCAGAUGAUGCACAAGUGUAAUAUGAGAGAGAUGUUUGGCUGGAUUGCGGAGGGUCCAUUGAUUCAGGGUUGAUGCAUAUGUGUCUAUGUUUUUAAUUUUCUUCUAUCAUGUCCGACAUUAUAUAUGAGGCGGGCUUUAUUACCAAUGUAAGGACAAAAGUACCAUCUAACUUGUGUACUGUAUGCCUUGCACAAGUUAGCAGCUGGGGAUGAAGAACGUUUGUUCUUGUGGUUUGCCCCCCCCCCCCCCCCCCCCCCUUUCCUUCUCCCACUUCCUCUAAUAGAACAUACCUGUCCAUUAUGUACCUUUAAUACAUAAGACACUGGCAUUACAGUUCCGCGACCUCAUACAGAUAUGUCAAAUUAACCUAUCUUACAUAUCUUUGUAAGUUCGUGUGACGGAUGGGCUUAUGUCAUUUCCUGUGCACAGGUAGUGCACUUGUAACACACAGAACAGUGUGGCCUUUUUUAUGGGUAGAAAAUAUAAGAUGGCUAAAUAUAUAGGACCACAAAGAGAUAUUUUGUAUCUUCUUUUUUGUUUUCUUUGAGAAAGAGCAUCUAUUUGUUAUGUACAAUUGUAGAAUGUGUGUAUGCUGUCUCAAGUCUCUGGUAUAAUGGCACCACGAGGCUGACACAUAAGAUGGACACUGAGAUGCCUAAUUAUUCAACACACACAGACACACACACACACACACACACACACACACACUACAUGUACUGAACACACAGUCACUCACUCUCUUAAAAAAUCUGUCUAGUGCAGAUUUGUUUUUGUUUUCUUUUUGGGGCUUGCUAUUACUUGUUUUUUCCCAGUAGAUAUUAGUUGGAACUUGAUUACCAAAAGUCUUUUUUUCCUGUAAUGGAUAUCAUUGCAUUUGAUUGAAAUGUUCAAAACUGAUACCUGCCACCAAAUGGAAAAAUGCACCAUAAACAUGAACAUACUGUACAGUAUCUACACCCAUGCAGUUAAAACACUGGUAGUUGAAACAGAUACAAAUCUAAUAUAUUAAAAUGUGUGUAAUUGUUUCAUAGUGAUACACAUCUUUAUGGAUCAGAUUCUUAGCAAUGACAUUUUACUCUAUGGACCAGAGUCCACUCAAUAAUGUCAUGAUGGAUGGAAAUGGUAGAUGAUAAAUACAAUGGCUAGUAAGCAUAA